AUGUCUCAACAACUUAAGAUCAUAGCUAUUGGCUCAAAUCCAAAUUUGGCAUUUUAUGCAUGGAGGUUGUCGCAGAUUAAACAUAUUGAUGUAACUAUAGUCGACGCCAAAGUCGAUGAAAAAUCGCCAUUUUUCUUUAAAUCUGCACAGCUAGGCUCCUCCCAAUUCAAUCCAACGCAAACUUUCCGCUCGCUAAAACAAAUUCCAACCAGUAGCAAAUACGAUGUCGUCAUAUUGAGCUGCAACUCCUUACAAAACUUUCAAUCGACAUGUUCUGGUUUAAACAAUAUUGUCAAACCAAACACCUUAGUCUUGGUAGAAUCAACCGGAUACAUCAAUUUGGAGCCAUUUGUAUCAACAAGUUUCUCCACUGCGUCUGCAGUUUGUGUUAUGUCAAUAAUGAAUGAAAGUGAUGUGCGAAAAGUAUCAACAAACCAUUUUUACCACAAAGUAAGAGGCAAUGACACUCGUAUAUACUUUGGAACCAGCUCGGGCCUGGCAAGUAAAUUGACCUCGAACCCAAACUAUCAAAAAGUAUACAAACUUUUGCAAUCAAUUUCGGAAAACAGCAAUGGAAGUAUUAGUCUACUCAAGUCGGGGAACACAAAGGAGUUCAUGACGUACCAGUGGAAAUUGGCAUUGCCCCGAAUAGUAUUUAGCCCAAUGAUGGUUUUAUUUGAAAUUGAAUUUCCCGAGCUUUUGCAGAACCAAAUAUUGACAAAACCAUUGAUUACCGGUUUGAUCAAUGAGUUGUUCAAAUUGAUAAAGAAGAUGGAUUGCAAACUAGUGAAGGGGUUUGAAAAUGAAGCCAAUUUACUCAAAAGCUGGGUCAAGAUUUUUCCCGAGACAAAGAGCAAUGAAAGUUUUAUAAACUCGCCAGCUUUAUUUUACAACUACUACAAACGUUAUGAUUUGGAACUUGAUCUCCUUUUGUUACAGCCAAUCUUGCUAAGUGACGAUAGCGGCCUUCGCACACCAUAUUUGGAAAAUCUAUACUCCAUGAUGUGCCAAUUUAGCAAAAUUAACACCGACUCAGCAUUAUUCUUUCAAAGGAAAACGUCCGAGGGCCCAGAUGUUACCUCGCUUUCUCUGACUGCUAAACAAUUGGAAGCUGAAAUACAGACCAAGUCCAAAAGAGAGCAAGAACUUGUUCAGUCCAUUCAAAACCUCGAAGUAUCCAAGAUCAGCAUCGAAAAUGACGUUUUCAAACUGGAGACUAAUUUGAAAACUCUUCAACAAGAUAUAGUGAAUAUGGAAAACAAAUUUUCCAAAUUGCAAUAUGAGUUUGAAAACAAGUCCAAAUCGUUGGAAUAUGAGCAUGAUGCUAAACACAAGGCACUCAGUGAAGAGUAUAAUCAAAAAUUAAGACAAUUGGAGGAUCAGUUCCUGAAACAAAAGUUGCAAAACAAUUCACCAGAGUCCUUGCCUACUCAGCAGCCAUCUAUUCCGGCACCAAGCAGUGCUAGAAAUAAUAGCAAUGCCUAUAACAAUAGAGAUUCGGUGAUGACCCUGGAUGGGCUUGCCGAUCUUAGUCACAUUGUUCAAUACAGUAAUGCACUCAGCGAAGAGGAUCAACGAAAACAGAUGGCGAGUCAAAAACCACCUACAAUUGCUGAACAACACUCUGGUUCGACCCCUUCACAUUCAAAUUCACAUUCACUUGCACACCCCAACGCUCAUGCUAAUCCUCCUGUGGCCCAGACCUCUGCUCAAACCCCUGGCGAGUUUGUUGAUGCAGUUGAUAUGCCACCUCAUUUACUUGAAAAGGAGUUGGAGCUCAAGAGAAGAGAAGAGGCAUUAUUGGCAAGAGAGCAACAAAGAAAUGGUAGUGUUGGUUAUAACGAGUAUGACCAAAGUCAAUAUAAUGGAUCACAACAACAGUUGCAACAAUAUCAGCAAGGGCAAAGACCGCCACAGUUGCCUCAGCAACCACAAAAUCAGGCCUUCCCAGCGCAACAAUAUGGUUACUCGCAACAAGCACCACCAUUUCCCCUAAAACAGCAAAGACUGCAGCAACAAUAUUAUAACCAGCAACCCCAAAACUAUCCACCUGCACCAAACGGUUAUGCUGAUCAACAGCCGCCCCAUGGCUUACCUUCUGGUGGUAUGCCACCAAACCAGUUUCCCCCAAACUUGAAACUGAACGGGUCUUUCACCAACAUGCAGUAUUAUAAACAAUCUGUACCACAAUUGAAUGGGUACGGUCAACCGCAACAACCUCAACCAUUUCAACAGCUUCAACAACCAGCACAACCAAGACGGUUGAGUUCUAUGCCAGGUGGAAUGAGCAAUUAUAAGGAUUAUCAACAACAGUACAAGCAACCACCACCAUCGCAACAACAACAACAACAACAACUGUUUGGUAAUUCCGCUAGCUUCAACAAUGCUGCACCAAUUGACCCAUUCAUUGAAGGCAGAUUUAAACCCAACGCCAAAAAGAAUGCUCGUAAAUCAGCCAUGCCUCAAUUCAACGGAAACUUAGAUGGGUUGGAUAUGGGAGGAAGAGGUGGAAUGCCCUUGCCAGGUGCGAGAAAGUCUGUGAGCAUGGCAAAUCAAAUGAACUCAUCGCCAAACCAUACAAGACAGUCGUCAAGCAACAUGUUGCUGUCGCAAAACCACCCUAAUGGUGCACCAGCAGCACAACUGCAACUGCAACUGCAAUUGCAACCACCUUCUAAUCAUCAACAAAACCCAUCCUCGUCGAAUUAUUUGCAGCCACCGCACAUGAAUAGUUCAUCAUCUUCGACAAAUACAAACGAUACACCAUUAACAAGCAACGAAUCUGCUGAACAGCAACAAAUUCAUCUACAAGUUCCAACGCAACAGCAACAGCAACAGAAUCUUCAUCAAAAUGUAUCUCAAGGUUAUAAUGAUAGUAAUGCUAAACCGCUUGGCGGAAUUGCUGAUUCAAACAAAGGAGGAGCUGACGGAAAUAGUACAGGUAAGAAGAAAAAGGGUUUGUUUGGUAGAAAAAAAUAG